AUGCGCUGGUGUGUGGUAGCGCUGGCCACACUUGCCUUGUGCCCGGCCACAGUCAGUGAGAGGACGGGGUCCAGUGCCCCGGACAGCAGCAUCUCUGCAGCGGCCACCAACGCCUGCCCUGGCCGCUGCCGGUGCGAUGUGGACGGACUGCUGCACCGGGUCGACUGCUCGGACCUGGGGCUUCAGGAAACUCCCAUCAACAUCAGCGUGUUCACGUCUUAUCUGGAUCUGAGCAUGAAUAACCUGACAGCUCUGUCCAGCCGAGACUUUUCCAAUUUGCACUUUCUGGAGGAACUGCGCCUGGCAGGGAAUGAUCUGUCCUUCAUACCCAAAGGAGCAUUUAUGGGUCUCUACAACCUCAAGGUCUUGAUGCUCCAGAACAACCAGCUCAGAUCGGUCCCAGGCGAGGCCUUCCAUGACCUGCCGAACCUUCAGUCUCUACGUUUGGAUGCCAACCACAUCUCCAGCGUUCCGGUCGGCUGUUUCUCAGGCCUAAGCUCACUCCGACACCUGUGGUUGGAUGAUAACUUACUCACUGCGGUCCCUGUGGCUGCUCUCAGUGAGUUACCCGCUCUGCAAGCCAUGACACUGGCUCUGAACCGAAUCUCUUAUGUCCCGAAUAGUGCUUUUAGCAAGCUGAGCCGACUGGUGGUCCUGCAUCUCAACAACAAUAGGAUCGUUUCCAUGGGGACUAACUGCUUCCACGGGCUGCACAGUUUGGAGACGCUAGAUUUAAACUACAAUUCUCUGGUGGAGUUCCCGGUUGCUGUUCGUUCUUUAAAGUUCCUCAAAGAGCUUGGUUUCCAUAGCAAUAACAUCCAUUCCAUCCCAGAAAAUGCUUUCAUGGGGAACCCAUCACUGAUGACAAUACUGUUUUAUGACAAUCCGAUACAGUCUGUUGGUCGCUCUGCUUUUCAGAACCUCCCAGAACUCCAGACGUUAUCUCUGAACACAGCAGUAAAUCUCACAGAGUUUCCCAGUCUAACAGGAACUUCACACUUGGAAAGUCUAACCAUCACUGGAGCCAAGAUUACCUCGCUGCCUCCAUCAGUUUGUGAUCAACUCUCAAACCUUGAGCUGCUCGAUCUUUCAUAUAAUCAGCUCCAGACCCUCUCCCUCUUCUCUGGCUGCGAGCGGAUUCAGACAAUAGACCUCCACCAUAAUGAAAUACAAGAGCUAGAAGAAAACAUCUUCCACGGCCUGAUGUCACUGCGCUCGAUAGAUUUAUCCUGGAACAAACUCGUAUCUCUGAAGCCAAAUUCUUUUUCCGGCCUCCCUGCUUUGACCAAACUUGAUCUAUCAUUCAAUUGCAUUGUGGCCCUGCCUCUGACUGGCCUGCAGGCUCUAACUCACCUGCGCCUGUCUGGAAACAAUCAGCUAAUGGAGCUAAUUCCAAGAGAGACCCUGCCGCGAGUCAGAGUGGUGGAAUUACCUUAUGCUUUCCAGUGCUGCGCUUUUGUCUCUUGUGAACAACAAGCUGCAUCCUGGGGAAGAGAGAACGUGGAGAGAGCAGGGGAUCAAUCUGGAAACACUGCGGCCCUUUCCAACCAAGUUGACCAUGAAUGGGAGGAUUUUCUCAUUGAAUUUGAUGAGGAACCAAAAGUUCACCAGGCAGUGCACUGCAGCCCAACACCAGGACCUUUCCGCCCCUGUCUCCAUCUGCUCGGAAGCUGGCUGAUCCGUGGGGGGGUGUGGUUGAUUGCAGCUAUCUCAUUGGUCAGCAACUGCCUUGUUGUUGCAUACAUCUUCCUGACCCCUGCCUCAAUGGCCAUUCCUUCUAAGCUGCUCAUUGGCUUGUUGGCUCUCGUCAAUGCUCUUCUGGGCGUGUGGAGUGGAUUUCUGGCAGCUGUUGAUGCCUGGACUUUUGGCAAUUUCUGGAGGUAUGGCACUGCGUGGGAGAGCAGCUACAUGUGUCACCUGAGCGGCUUCUUGCACACGUUUGGCUCACAGACCAGCAUCUUUCUGCUCACAGUCGCAGCUUUGGAGCGAUGCUCGACUUUCAGAGCUGGUCCUCAUAAAGUUGAUAGACAAACUGGUCAAUCUGUAUUCUCAUUACAACUGGCCAUAUCUGUUUGCCUCCUGCUGGGGCUAGCUGCUGCACUGCCGCCCCUGGUGGCUCAGCACAGUAGCACCUCUCUGUGUUUGCUGCUUCCCUCCUCUGCCUCCACUGCCUCUGUGGUCUUCUCAGUGUCCCUGGUGCUUCUGGACUCUCUGUGCUUCCUGCUCAUGAUAGUUGCCUACAUCCGCCUCUACUGUCGCACCAACAAGUCUCUCUCCACUUCUGAAGAGGACGGAGCACUCACUCGACAUGUGGCGUGGCUGCUCUUCUCAGACUGCCUCCUCUUCCUCCCAGUGGCCUGCCUCUCAUUUGCUUCACUUCUUCAUCUGCCAGACACUGGACCAGAUGCGGCCAAGGCUGUCCUGCUGCUGGUGGCGCCACUUCCAGCGUGUGUUAAUCCACUGCUUUAUCUCUUUUUCAACCCACUGGCCAGAGAUGAAUUGGCAGCUUUGGCAAAAAAUGCGUGCAGGACGAUGGGCACCCGGGCGUCAAUUAAAAACCGAGCAAAAGCAUCGUGUAGGUUGAACCGCACAGAUAUAACGCUGGAUGAAGAUGCUGAAAAACAAUCAUGUGACUCGACCCAGGCCCUGAUGGCAAUUCGAGGCACAACAGACGACAAAUCCAGCUGUGGGAAAAUGAUGAAGGAAACUCAGCAAACAGACAUGUUUAUUGUGCCACAUCUUUGA